AUGAGGGGCUUUAGCUCAGGUUCUGCUAUUGUAGGAGGUGGCAGUGGUACCAGAAGCAGUUUUAGCUCCGUCUCUGUCUCCAGAGUUGGAGGAGGAAGAGCCGGAGGUGGAGGUGGCUUUGGAGCUGGUGGUGGCUUUGGCAGCAGAAGUCUCUAUAACCUAGGUGGAAGCAAAAGAAUUUCUUACAGCUCAGUCGGUGGAGGUCUACGGAGUGGAGCCGGUGGUGGAUACGGCUUUGGUGGAGGAGCUGGCUUUGGUCUUGGCUAUGGUGGUGGAGCAGGUCCCGGAUUUGGUGGCCGAGGUGGCCCCGGGUUCCCUGUUUGCCCACCUGGUGGCAUCCACGAAGUGACCGUCAACCAGAGCCUCCUGGCACCCCUCAAGCUGGAUAUCGACCCGGAAAUCCAGAAGGUGCGAACACAGGAGCGGGAGCAGAUCAAGACCCUCAACAACAAAUUUGCCUCCUUCAUCGACAAGGUGCGCUUUUUGGAGCAGCAGAACAAAGUGCUGGAGACCAAGUGGAGCCUCCUGCAAGAGCAGGGUCACACAGUCACCAGGAAGUCCCUCGAGCCCCUUUUUGAAGCCUACAUCAACAACCUCAGGCGGCAGCUAGACAGCCUCAUGGGAGAGAGGGGAAGGCUGGACUCUGAACUGAGGAACAUGCAGGACAUGGUGGAAGACUUUAAGAACAAAUAUGAAGAUGAGAUCAAUCGGCGCACCGGUGCAGAGAACGAGUUCGUGGUCCUCAAAAAGGAUGUGGAUGGUGCUUACAUGAACAAGGUUGAGCUGCAGGCCAAAGCAGAUGCGCUGGCAGAUGAGAUUAACUUCCUGAGAGCUCUCUACGAAGCGGAAUUGUCCCAGAUGCAGCAGCAAGUAUCUGACACCUCCGUGGUUCUGUCCAUGGACAACAACCGUAACUUGGACCUCAACAGCAUCAUUGCAGAGGUCAAAGCACAGUACGAGGACAUCGCCAACCGGAGCCGGGCUGAGGCCGAGGCUUGGUACCAAAACAAGUACGAGGAACUCCAGGUCUCUGCCGGGCGGCACGGUGACGACCUGCGUAACACCAAGAUAGAAAUUUCGGAGAUCAACCGGAUGGUCCAGAGGCUGCGGAACGAGAUCGAGAGCGUGAAGAAACAGUGUGCCAACCUCCAAGCAGCCAUCGCUGAGGCAGAGGAGCGUGGGGAGCUGGCCCUCAAGGAUGCUAAGGCCAAACUGUCCGAACUGGAAGAUGCUCUGCAGAAGGCUAAAGCCGACCUGGCCCGGCAGCUCCGCGAGUACCAGGAGCUCAUGAACGUCAAGCUGGCCCUGGACAUCGAGAUCGCGACCUACAGGAAGCUGCUGGAGGGCGAGGAGAGCAGGCUUGCUGGAGAGGGAGUCGGAGCCGUGAGCGUCUCCGUGGUCAGCAGCUCGAGCGGGAUGGCCUACGGCGGCGGCGGCGGCAGCUGCCUGGGCAUGGGCGCAG